GACUGCGGUGCCGGCCAUUCAUUGUCAUGCCGGGAGGUCGAUACGCAGUCAGUGUCGCCGCGCCUCCUCUCCUGUGCGGUCGUAUGCCGUGAACUAUGUACCGGUUACCGUUCGUUUGACGUCUCUGCGCAACCACACCGCAACCUUAUUUAUAAACAAAUUCUGAGCAAGUGAAUUAAAUCAUAUAUAAACGCGGGUUUCAUUCAUAAGAAAUCUGUUAGCUUAGCUGUUAGGAAACUUACGAUUUGUUUUAAAGUGAAAGUGCCGGUGAUGACAGAAGACAUUAUAUAAAUUUAAAAACAAACACAUUUAUUUGAUGAAGCACAAGACUUUUGUAAGUGAAAAAAAUAUAAAAAUUCUCGAGCGACAGUGAUAAAUUAUUAUUAAAUACAAUGAAAAAAAGUCAUAGAUACAAUAGAACAGUGAAGUGAUUUUUGUUAUUUCUUAAUCAUGACAAUGGGUCGUCGUAACGUCAGCAUGAUGCGUUUGGGAAGGUGCGUCGCGUUCUUAGCUGCUGCAGCGUUUUUACUGCCCUUUACCAUUCUGCUGAUGGUGGCGGAUCAACAGUACAACCUCACAUACAACUCGAAGAGGGUAUUUUAUCAGGAGAGCGACUUCUAUAAAAUAAACGGGACUUAUUACGCGUCCGGUUACACAAUAACAACACCCUCUAUGUUAAGGAAUCAGUUAAUAUUUGACAACGGCACUCAUGACGAUGGUCUCCUAACCAGAGAAAAGUUCAUGGAGGUUCACGAAAGGAUGGAAGCGAGACGUGAGUUCCUUAGAAGCGGGUGCUCAAGAUUCGGUCUCGAUAGCCGUGGACAAAAAGCUAAUGCUUGGGAGUAUCUGAUAAACAGACAAUACCACGUUAUAUGGUGUAAUAUAUUUAAAGCAGCUUCAACUUCGUGGAUGUACAACUUCAAUUUGAUGGCAAAUUAUUCCGCUGCCUUCCUUGACAAAACCAAAGAAGUCCCCCUGGUAUUAGCGAGAAGGAAAUACGCAAGGCCUACAAUAGAAAUGAUAAAGAAAGCACAACCUGAUUCGAUAACAUUCCUAAUAGUUAGACACCCAUUAGAAAGGUUAGCUUCGGCGUACAAUGACAAAAUUGUACACGCUUGGCCUAAAUCGUUUCACGAUAAAAUGGGUCGCAUGAUUAUCAAGAAGUAUAGAAAAUCACAGAACAAGCCCGUACCAACGGAACGAUAUCCGGUAUUCGAAGAGUUCGUAUCGUAUGUACUAGACGAGACGAGAGCUAGGCGGUCCCUUGACAUGCACUGGACGCCGUACACAGAUUUCUGCACACCCUGCAGAUUCGCCUUCGAUGUGAUAUUGAAGUUCGAGACCUUAGACGAAGAUCAAAGGUACUUGAUCCAGCUGGCCCGUCUCCAAGACGUAGUGAAGCCAGAGUGGCGUAACAGCGGGAAAGGGACGAAUACUUUACAUAACAUCAACCACCUCUAUUCCAGACUCAAAAGGUCUCAACUUGAUGGACUUUAUAAGUUAUAUAAAUACGAUUUCCAGCUCUUCAACUAUACUAUAGAUAGUUAUUACGAGAUAGUUCAAGGUGACACGAAGCACGGAUGAAUGGGCUCAGGAUGGUACUGCGAAUUCAUUCGAGGUUCAGACGAAAGCCUGACGAAGUAAUUCAUCGGACGCCAUAGCCGAUUGAUUGACUUUUUAUUGAUCAUUGUAACUAGCUAAGCGUUACGUUUAAUUCAUAAAAUAUCGUUACUGGUUUUUUUUUUUCGGGGAUUUCUGUGUUUUGUCGCCUGACCUUUUUAGAACAAUUUUAGUUUAGAUUACAUUUUUCUAGUUUAAGAUUCUAGGUCUAGUGUCGUAUUUUUAAUGUCUAUGACUGGUUUGUUGGUGAUAUAGUUGUUUUUCAAUACAUAUUUUAAUGCUUACGAAUAAGAAUUGAUAUUUGACAGUAUCAUUUAACGUUAAAAAUAGGUUAUAAUUAAUAUAGUUAUUUCUAGCAUCUUUAAAAGUGAUUAAUUCAUUGUACUGUUUUCAAUGUUCAUGUAACUGAUGUUUUGAAGCUUUAGUUUGUUUAAUGUAUCGUUUUUUGAUAAUAGAUUCCAUCCAUGUUUCAUUGUAGGUUCUCAUAGACAAUAUUAAUCGAAUUUUAACUAAAAGUGAGAAACUAAAAUACAGACACAUCUAUAUAUGUAGGUAGUUGUUAUUAUGCCGUUAAAUUUUAAUAGAAAGCCAUACUACAUUUUCAAGAAAGAAAAAAUGGAUGGCCAUGUUUUCUGUCAGGCUUUCAAUAAUUCAAUCAGUAUAGGUGUGUGUAUUCACUAAAACGAAUAUUAAGUUAGGUGAAUUCCCGUCUUUAUAUGACAUUUAACAUGACACUGGGGAGUGGUUAUUUACGAAUAAAAGACCAAUCUUACAGCAAUCGAAUGAAGCCUGGAAUACAAUUUUUUUAAGCUCAGUGUAUCAAAGGUAUUUUAAAACAAUCGUCCAAAAUCAUUAGGCAUCAGAUUAAAUGUGAAAAACGUUUAAAAAGUAGUACAUAGACGUAAAGGCAACGAACUCGAUAAAGUUUAUUGCGAUAUGGAAUAGAAUCAAAAUUAAUAAAUUAGGAUUGUUGAGAAAAUAAACGACCUAAGUAUAGAUGCUGUUGAGAUUUAAUAUAAAAUAUAGUAAGUAUACAUAGUUGUAAAGUAGGUAAUAAUGAAAUCAUAGAUCAGUACUUGUCAAACGGUGUCAUUAUAAUAAAAAUAUGCAGAUGUUCAGAUCAAGUUUACUCAAGUUCAAUAAGCAAUACUAUGUUAUCAACCAGCAGUUUUAUCGAAUACGUAAUAAAUAAACAAAAAACUUUGAAUAACUUUUAUAUUGUUGCCUGGCAACAAAAUUAAUUUGCUGCCUUUGCCAUUAAUAAUAAAAAUAAUGUAAUAAUUAAAAUCACAAUAACAACGUGAUUUAUCCAAAUGAAUUUUGAAUAUCUUGGUAAGACCAAAGACACAAUAUAGGGACAUCGUUUAUAUCUUUUCAGGAACGAAUCAAAUUUGUAAAUAUUUUUAAAUUAUAGUUCGUUAUAAAAGCAAAGAAACAAAUUUUAGAGUGCUUCCAUAAUGAAGAUAAUUUUAUAAGGAAAUUAUUAGAGUAAUUGUAAAAAAAACGUUGACAAUCGUGCCUCAAAUUCAGCCUAAAUCACAUAAAUAAAAUAAAAACAAAUAUGAACGUAAUGUACUAAGUAUUGGAUAAGUAAAAAAUUGUAAGUAUGUAUACCUUACCUUUUCUGUGUACAACGAAACGACAUCACGCUAUUGUCAUUUUCCGUCAUACUUCAUAGAUAAACGUACGUAAUCCAAAAUAUCUGUAGUAUUUUGUUUUUAAAUAGGCGAAUUAAGAGUGCUUUACUGUCUCGAGCGCUCCUCUUUGAAUAGAAAUAAGUUGUUAUAAUAAAUAAUUUCAUAAAUUGGUAGUUACCCGUAUCUAUUUUUUUUUUAUUUCAAUUAUUUUGUAAUCGUUAUUGCAAAGAGGUGUUUUAUUGUAUUUUAUAAUUCCAGAAUUGAGAAAGUUCUAAUUUAUGAUGUAUUCGAGAUUAAGUGCUUAGGCUAAUUUCAAUGUUUUGAAUAUGUUUGUAUGGAUGCAGUUUGUUUAUAUAGAAAUAAUUGAAACCAUCGACCAACCUACUAGAAUAUACUUUAUCGAUAUGUAAAAUUUUAGAAAACAAUUUUAGAAGUUAAUUAUUAGUUUGAUUGUUACCUGUCCACUGCCUAGCUGGUAUUUAAGAGGUUAUCUGUGUGCUUAAUGCAAGUUUGUUAAAGUUCGCGAUAGCGUAAAAACAGCGCCCCUAGCGGCAAACGUAGGCGUUCCAACUCCAUACAAAUUUGAGUUAAUUUUUACGCUAUCGCGAACUUUAACAAACUCGUACUAAGCACACAGAGCCCAUAAACUAUAUAACUCGCUUUGGAAUGACGGCGAUACCACCUUUCAAACCGUAUAAAGAGGCAGUACACUCGUCCCAAUCAAUGCAAGUACGCAAUGCUCCUCCACGAACAGUAGAGAUAGGAAUGUGGUGAGAACUGUGUGUGAACUAGAAGUAGGGGAAUUUAGGAAAGAAAAUAACUUGAGAAAAUUAGUUACGGACGAAUGAUUAUGAAGUAGCUAGAGGAAGCCAGGUUUCGCACACUUAUCGCUAAAAACCGGAGAUAAUCUAAGCAAAUUGUCAUGUUCUGUUUAUUCACAAUUGAUUUUCUUUUGCAGUCAAUUUGUUAUUCACUUUCAAUAAUUAAGAGAUCUGAUGAAGUUGAAGCAAAAAAAAACACGUAAAAAUAUAGAAAAUGUUUUGCACGUAUAUGGAUCAAUUGAGUUUGAGUAAAAUAAGAAUAUUUUCGACUAGUCUUAGUGAGUACAUACUGUAAAGUGAUCUUAGCAAAAUAUUCUUUGCAUUUAUCAUGUAAGUACAAAAAGAGCACAUUACAUAUUGUUAGAAAUUAUAAAUUUUAUAGGAUGUCAGUAGUUGUUAAGCUCGAUGCACAUGGAGCGAUCAUGUUGGUGUUAGCAUAUUAAUCAAGGUGCCAGAAGGCACCAACAGUUUUAACCGACCAGAAUAAAAGCUCACGCAUUCAUCCCAUACAUACUGACAGUACCGUUGUAUUGAAUAUCACAUAUAGUUCCCACAUUAAAAGAAAAAAAGAUCUAGGAAUCCACAUACCUAGUUCUGAAAUUUUUUUUUUCUAAUAAGUGUCCUCCGAAACAUUCUACUACCGGUCAAUUAAAAAAAAGGGAGAUUUUCGAAAUUGCUUCAUUGUGAUAACCAGCAAGUAUGAUCGAGGUCCUCACAUCCAUAUUUGCCGAAAAUUUUAAGUAAUUAUUGUUCUUGGAAAAUGCGAUGAGUAUAAAUAAACGACGUGGAGUACUAUUAGAUCAAAUUCAAAUAAAUUUCCAUGAAAAUCAUUAAAAUCCUUGUGCCAUACCUAUCGCUCUAUGUGCAUAGAUUAAAUAUAAAUUACGCAUACUGCACAUUGAGGUUUGUAAUGCACCGAAAAAUAUAAUUUUAACAGUAGGGGUCUCUUGAAGGAUUAAAUAGAAAUAUCGCACUCAGUACCAUAGAUAAUAAAUACACCUAUUAUUCUCAGUACUUGCAAGCCAUUCAAAUAGAAACACUUUUUCUAAUGUUUAAUAUUUUGAAUAAGUAUAAAAAUUUAGACCUGUAAUUUCUGUAGUAAAUUAAAUGUAAGCUGAAUUAACUUAAGCUUUGAACUUAUAACAACCCAUCGUAAAUUUUGUGGUCCACGGUUACCCAAGGCCUUGAAUUUAAAAGAAUAAAACGCUAAUAUGUCAAACCUCAAUGACAAACCACAUAAUUUAGAAUACGGAAUGAUUUUAGACCAAAAAAGACAUGGCCUAUGAUUGUAAUUGUAAUGGUGCUAUAGUCCUAUAGUAAUUGAUCUCACAUCAGUAUGAGGUGAAUGAAUUGUUGCUUAAUAUGUAUUGAGUUAUACCACCAAUAGGCGGUUGUCUGUUGAUAAUGUAAAACAAAUUUUAAUUAGUACUUAUAGAUGAAUAAAUUAAUUAUUUCAUAAA